CAUCCGUCGUCGUCGUUGUUGACCCCUUUCCGCCAUAAAUUAAUCCUCUGAAUCCCAACUUUGAUUUCUGCCAUUUUCUUGCAUCUUCCUCACCGAAACCAUCUUUGUUUGCUUGGAUAGAUGACCCCUUCUUAGGUUUUCUGAAGAUCCGGCGUUUUCCUUGGACCUCAAAGUUGCCGCCUUGGAUCUGAUGGAAUCACAACCUCAGGGUCCUUCUGGUGAUGAUCAUCCCAUGGGUAGCAAUUUAAUCCCAUCUUCGGCGUGUAAUCUGUGUGGAAGAGUCGUUCAAUCUGCUUCCGACGAUCUUGAAAUCUUCAGCUUAUGUGGAGACUGUAAGUUUUUGUUGCUUGAAGAUUUCGGCACCCCCGCGCCUCCAUUUACCCGGAGGCAGACGGCUAGGAGGAGGAUUAGGAGGAUGAGGAGGAGGCGAAGGAGAAGUACGCACGGCAACUCUGAAUCCGUCGCUGAUCUUUCCACCCAACAAUUCACACAUUUGAUAAGCAUGGCAAGACAAAGCCUGACCACGGGAACGGCUCAUGGUAAUGAAACUAGCUCUCAUACCACUCCAAGUGGUUCCACAAGAUGGAGAAUUUUCUCAGAAUCUGAAAGUGAAGAUUUUGACAAUUCCUAUGGCGAAACCGAAUCAAACGCUAGUUUUAGCCUGUACAGAUUUUCCCAUGGUGAUUAUGAUGCCAUUUCUUUUAGUGCUUACGGUGGAGAGUCUGAUGCUUCCCCGGACAGGCAUGGCUUCCUGGAUGCGGAAAUCUUUGUUCAUACAGACGACAGGAGCGACGUUGACUUUGACACUGAUAUAGACCCGAUGCAUGCCGGUCUGAACCAGUGGAACUCAGACGAUGAAGACAGGGAAUGGGAGGAGGAAUCAGCGGGUCCAUCUGGGGUUGCAGGACCACGGUUUAGAAAUUAUUUGGCUAGUCCAAGUGAGAGCUUCAGCUCCAUGACUCGGUUUGAUUCUCCUGAGCUAGAGAGAGGGUUUCGUCAAAGAAUUAUAGAGAGGAGGCAGGCGUUAUCUCGCAACAUCUUCACUGGUUUGGAGGAUAUGGAGUUCUCUCCCUAUCCUGCAAAUGUUUCGGAUUAUCUUGAUGAGAGAGGCUUUGAAGAACUGCUUGAACAACUUGCUGAGUCUGACAAUUCAAGAAGAGGUGCACCACCUGCAUCUGUGUCAUGCGUCAGGAAUCUUCCAAGGGUUAUCAUUGGAGAGGAGCAUGUAAUGAAGGGCCUAAUCUGUGCUGUCUGCAAGGAGCUUUUCACCCUCGGCAGUGAAACCACACAGCUUCCGUGUCUCCAUCUAUACCAUGCUCACUGUAUCCUACCCUGGCUGAGUUCCCGUAACUCCUGCCCACUCUGCCGGUACGAGCUCCCAACAGAUGAUAAAGAUUACGAGGCGCAAAAGCGGGAUGUUUCGGAUGUGAGCGAGGAUAGCUCCUCCGCUGAUGAUGGCACAGAAGCGGGGGAAGAAGAACAUUUAGAGAGAGGCGAGAGUGGGGCUAGUGUGAGCAGAGUUAGCAGAGGAAGAUGGCUGUUUCUGGCUGCUGCACCAGUUGUGAGUCUGGUGGGCGUUGUGUUGGCAAUGUGGCUAAGCAACCCGCAGAGGAGGGAUAUAGUAAUCUCUCAUAACCAAAGGGGGAACAGAACCAGAAGAUGGCUUCCGUUUUUCUGACAACUGAUGACCAGUUCCAGGUGUUCGUCCAGAAUGUGUAUUAUUUUACAGACCUUAGAAUAUGCUUAAUUUUCUGUUUCUGUUUCUGUUUCAUCUCAUGAAUAUUGACCUGAUGCUGUUUCCACAUGUUAAUUGAACUGAAGUUUACCCAAG